AUGGCGACGGCGGCCGGCGGCGGGAGCAUGAUGACGAGGGAGCAGCUGCUCCACCUCUUCUCCCGCUUCUCCUUCCUCACCUCGCUCCCAGAGUUCAAGGACCGAAUCGCCGACGCCGUCAGCGACAAGCAGGAGGCCGUGGCGGUGACCACCGAGGUGCAAGAGGAGAUCCUUCGCGAGAUGGGGAUCGAUCCAGGUUUUGGUAUUAGCUGCCUGGGAAAGGUGAACGUCGUGUAUGAGAAUGACAUGGAUUUGAUGAUUAAAUUCUACCAGUUUGUUGCCAAAGAAGAGAUGGCUAUUGACGAGGCCGAGCUUGAGCCUCUAGAGUUUGCCGAGAAAAUGCACACUCAACAGGAAUUGCAACAACAGCAACUGGAGAUGUUGGUUCAAAUUAGAAAAUACAGCCCCGAGAGCCAAUCUGUCAUACUUGAGACUUUGCGCAAGCAGUUGGAGAGUGCUGAUUUCGAUACCAGUGCGUCAAUCUUGACUCCGGAGCGGAUCCAAGAGAUUGUUGAGAAAUAG